CCCCUGAACUAACAGGCUGCAGCUCCGGUCCAUUAACGCUUAGAGAUGAUCCUGAUGGUUUUCGGUCACAGAAUUCUGAGGGGAGUGUUUCAGAGAAAUGGUUGUCAUAGCCUGACUAAACAAAGCGCCAUCUGUUUUUUCCCCUUGAAGCAACAUUUUCAAAACUUGCAUGUGCAGGUUGGAGACCGGGCUGAACUCACCAAGACCUUUACCCAGAGAGAUGUUGUUACGUUUUCAGAAUUAACGGGGGAUGACAACCCAUUGCACUUAAGUGAAGAGUUUGCAAAACAGACGAAGUUUGGAAAGAUCAUUGUGCAUGGAGUUUUGAUCAAUGGACUUAUUUCUGCUGUGCUGGGAACUAAAAUGCCUGGGCCGGGCUGUGUAUUUCUUUCACAGGAAAUUAGCUUCCCAGCCCCUUUAUAUGUUGGAGAAGAAGUCUUAGCUGCUGCAGAAGUGAAGAAACUGAAGCGAUCCAUUGCUUUCAUUUCAGUGUCUUGCUCUGUAGUUGAAAGUAGAAAGAUCGUAAUGGAAGGCCUGGUUAAAGUUAUGGUCCCAGAACGUCUAGUCUCUUGAAAGCACAUUCUAGAAUAAAUAUUUUUUGUGUAUGCAAAUUAGUUCCAACUGGAGAAAAAGGGUUCUUU